AUGGCGACACUCACUCAGUCGUCGUCCACUGGGACCGACGCGCACGCAGCCAAUUCUACCAAACAACGUGGACGCAACACGGAGCAAAACGGCAAUCCUACGCAGCAGACCAACCGCUCAACCCACAGGCGCAAGAGCAGCAAAGACAGCAAGUACCGCCAUGUCUUCGCAACACACUCCGUGACGCGCAUCACCUGUCUGAGCCAUGAGUCCGAGGAUAUGCCCAGUUUCGUUGGCUUCAGGAACCUCAUGAUCUUGGUCCUUAUCGUCUCCAAUCUGCGACUGAUGAUGGUGAACCUCCAAAAGUAUGGCGUCCUCAUCUGCAUCAGCUGCCACGACUAUCGAAGAUCAGACGUCAUCACCGGGCUGCUGCUCUAUCUCCUCGUCCCCGUCCACCUCUUUGUAACAUACCUCAUCGAGCUGGUUGCCUCCUGGCAGGCAAAGCGAGCGCACGCAAAGAUCUCAGAGGAGAAGGAGGAAGACACACCCGAGAAGUACGCUGCCGCGCUGAAGAGCUUCAACGCCACCUGGCACACGGUCGCCUUCUUCCACAGCGUCAACGCCGUCUCGAACCUCUACAUUGCAACCAAAUACGUCUACUACGACAUCCACCACCCCGGUAUUGGUACGCUUUGCGAGCUGCACGCCGUCAUCGUCUUCCUCAAAUGUGCCUCCUACGCUUUCACGAACCGCGAUCUACGGCACGCCUACCUGCACCCCAAGCAAGCCGAACCUCUCCCUGAACUCUACAAGUCUUGCCCGUAUCCCCACAACAUCCACUUCAAGAACAUGUGCUACUUCUGGUGGGCACCUACGCUCGUCUACCAGCCCGUCUACCCACGCACCUCACACAUCCGCUGGGGCUUCGUCUUCCGCCGCUUGCUGGAAGUCCUUGGUCUCAGCAUCGUCGUCUGGGUUGCCAGCGCGCAGUACGCCGCGCCGCUCCUCCAGAACUCUCUCGACAAGCUCCUGACGCUGAAUCUCACCGCGAUCCUCGAGCGGGUCAUGAAGCUUUCUACCAUCAGCGUCUUCUGCUGGCUGUGCGGCUUCUUCGCCCUCUUUCAGUCCUCGCUCAACGCUCUGGCUGAGAUCAUGAGGUUUGGUGACCGCGAGUUCUACGGACCUUGGUGGAACGUGUCCUCCAUCCGCAACUAUUGGACUACGUGGAACAAGCCCGUCACAAACUUCAUGCGGCGACACGUCUACUCGCCGCUGGUCGGUCGUGGCGUGCCUCCUCCUGUCGCCCAGAUCAUCGUCUUCUUCUUCUCGGGCGUCUUGCACGAGCUGCUCGUCGGUGUGCCCACACACAACAUUAUCGGUGUCGCGUUUGUGGGCAUGAUGGUCCAGAUACCGCUCAUCGCGUUGACUGACGUUAUUCAGAAGAUUCGCGGCAUCGAUGGGAAAACGGCGGGAAACAUGAUCUUCUGGGUAAGCUUUUGUUUGGUGGGACAGCCUUUGGGCGCAUUGUUGUACUUCUUCGCGUGGCAGGCUAAGUAUGGCAGUGUGAGCAAGCAGUUCGAGGCCAGCAAGGCAGGCGGUAUGUUCUCGAGACGAUAA